UCGUAGAAGGAGGUGUGUGAAGAACAACGACAGAAUGGAGGGCCGAAAGGCGAUCAGCGGGUCCGCAGGGGAGCGCGGUGGGCGGUGUUCCGGGCACAGCCCGUCGAAUAGUCCAAGGCCGUCGGAGCGGUCCGGGCACGCGCACCUGCCACCGAACUUGCAACCUCUGCCUGACACGGACGACGAGGAAGGGGACGAUAGACGGUCACGGACCGUGCCGCUGGGAAGCGGAUCCACCCAGGAGUGGACGACUACAAAGCUGUUUGGAAGCCGCGACGGCGGUAAAGGGCAGUUGUACACCGAGCUCCUCCAACAGGGGCUCAACGACACCGAUGGCGAUGGCGGCGUGAAUCUGUCGUUUGGACUCGGCAGCGGGAGGUUGGCAGCCGUCUCUCGAACGGUCGUCGUAAACCCCCAUCCCGACAACGAUGGAGGCGACGUGACGGCUAUUCAGCGAUCACCCAGGUCUCCAGCGUCGUUGCUGGAGGCUUCGGGGAACAACAAGGAUCCUCCUAGGCAGCAAUUUCGGUCGUCGUCUGUGUGUAGGGGCGCCUCCGCUCGCCCCCAGUGGAUGCAAUCUCCGUCUCCCCUGUCCGCCGGUUCGAGUGCAGGUCGUCAUGUUGGCGAGUGUAGGGAGACGGCGCCUGCCGUUGCUGAUGUUGGUGACGCACGUGACGGAAGGGAGGUGUGGGCAGAACAGCGACGGUUGAUGAGGUCGGUGCGGGAGGAGUCCAUUACUCGGGGGGUGCAGCGAUUGCGUGUUGGGGAAGACGGGCACGACGGCGAGGAAGCAGUGGGGGACACGCACGACCCCGACUGGAACGACAACGACGCUGAAGGUGGGGAGGACGACGCAGACUACAUUUUGUCGUCGAAGCAGGCGGCCGCUAUGAGAGGGGGGGGGGGGAAGACGAAGUCGUGUGGCAGUAAUGGUCGUCGGGGCAAAAGAACGGCAGACAAGGGCAGCGAUGCCGAAGGUGAUGUCGAUGGUGAAGGAGGUCGUCACUUCUGGUCCGUCGACGACAUUAUAGCCCUCAUCCGGGCUAAACGUGAUCAGGAUGCGCAUUUGCAGGGGAUGGGCCACGCGUACUCUCGGAUGAAGCCGCGAGAAUGGAAGUGGCUGGAUGUGGCGACGAGGUUGAAGAAGGUGGGCGUCGACAGAGAGGCCGAUUGGUGCGGGAAGAAGUGGGACAAUCUGAUGCAGCAGUUCAAGAAGGUUCAUCAUUUCCAAGGACUGUCCGGGAAACAGGACUUCUUCCAAUUGUCUGGGAAGGACAGGAUGUCGAAGGGCUUCAGUUUCAAUAUGGAUCGUGCGGUUUACGACAAGAUACUGGGGUCGACCGUCAAGAACCACACCACAAACCCGAAGAACGUCGCGGACACUGGCGCUCAGGGUGGUGUGCGUCUGCCAUCCACCUCCUCUGCGGAUCUUGAAUCUGUGGGCCACAAGGACGGUGGUGCAGAGCACGACGACGACGAUGACGGGUCCACCAAAGGUUCUUCGCAGACGACGGGUGGCGCAGGCGGUUUCGGCAAGAGGAAGAGCACAACAGCACUCUCUCUCUCUCUACCUCACGCAGUCGCCGCCGUGACACGUAUCCUCGCCUUCGUCGUCCAGAUUGUCAUCGUCACCGCGGGUGCGUCUUGCGCCAUGUCCUCACGCGCUUCCGCACGCGGCAAGGCCGCCGCCAACCUCUCACAACAACCGCCGACCCGGGAGAAGAAGGGCCGCCACAUGGACAGCAAGAAGAGGAAGAUCCUCGAAGGCGCCCCGACACAUGGAGGUAAUGUGCUGGAUGAAGAGUGGGUGUCGGACGUGGCGACGCAGGAGGGGACGGAUUUCGAAGACUCUGACGACAUGCCGUUGCAGCGGAAGUCGUCCAGGCGGGGGAGUGGCGGCAUCCGCAUAGACGACGCUGGCGAAAGACGACGCGCAGGAGGGCGGCCAGCACCGGAAGACAUCCUUGACGUUGGCGCCGCGACGGCAGCCAGAGAGGGCGCGGGAAAUCGCGCGCCACUGCCACGUAUGACUCCGCCAACCGAUGCGCAAGAGGGCGUGGUUCGCUUACGGACACUGCUGACACCACGCUCGAGGACGGCUGCAGACGUGGCCUUGUCGGGCGGGCCAUCACAGGCGGCAGGAGGGGUGAGGGCAGGCGGGGCAGCGGGUGGGGGGGGAUCGCACACGGCGGAACGGAAUGCGCGGGAAGGAAUGGAGGCGGCGGCAAAGCUGUGGGUGGAUGACCUCCGCUUUUGGAACGAGAGGGAGGGAUUUGCCAUCGUCAAGUUGAUUCUGGAGGCGCGCGGUUAUCUUGUGGUUGUGGCGUGGGGAGAGCAGCCUCCGCCCAUUCGAUGCAGCAUCGUCUUGCCUCACAACAACAUCCCACAGCACAAGAUCGCGGACGAGUCGGAGUUAAACGCUGCGAAGGAGAGGGCACUGAAGGUUCAGGGGAUCGCUUUGCGGGUGAUACACGGGUGGGUCUUCAAGUCUCAGAACAGGCGAAGGGGGUACCAUGCGGCGUACCAGUACGCACUCAACCACGCGGCCACCGACAUCGCUCGCGCGAUGUGGAUGGGGGAGGAAUGGCGUUAUUGUGUGAGUCCGAUGGUCGUCCACCACACGCUCGACAUGGAUAUGAAGCUGCCUUUGUGGUUCGUGGGCGCCGACGUCGAAGAUAGGCACGAGGACGACGGCUUGGCGGCUUAUCAGGAGGCGAGCAUCCAGCGACUGGUGGGGGCUUUCACGAGCGCCGUGAUCAUUGCGGAGGCGAUGGACGGUGGGCAUGUAUCGCACGAAAGGUUGAAUACCAUGGCCAACGCGAUGCGGAUGAUGCUCGCGGCGACCAUGUGGCUCAUGUGGAUGGCGGGUGACGAUCAUCGCGCGCAUUACGACGCCUGGGUCUUCGUCCAACUCACGGUGAAGCCGACGCUCGUCACAUCCAUGCAUCACUGCUUCGACACGCGUCAGCACAUCGUGCAAGCUGCGACCGUAAUCACCGACAAGUUGGCGAGUCCCCCCAUCACUUUGAUCGACCCUCCAAUGUAUGUUCCCGACUGGGCGUCCAUCGGUGUGAAGUUCUCACACAACGCCACGUUGUCUUCCCCGAUGGAGGCGAAAAAGGUGGAUUGGCUGGGCACAGGCCCCCCGGAAGACGAAGACGGCGGGAAAGGCGACGAACAGGGAAGCGGGGGGGGUCGGUGACGCCUUGUAGUCGUCUAUGUAAUUUUUCCUCGCGUGAUGCUGCUCUGCCGUGGCUUGUUUUUCGACG